CAAGAACAGCGUGUGAGUGUUGGGCUGGUGACCGGGGAUGCCUGCAGAGCUGGAGCCACUGAGCCUGGGGCUGGAUUUCAUCAUCAUUCUGAUAUACCGAAGCGGAAUUUCCUAGGACGCAGUAUAUAAAGGAAGGGUCCCGGGGUGGUGAGUAAUCGCUUUGCUGAUGGAGUCGGAUUGGCUACAACUCUGUCGUCCCUGGGCAGAAAUGGUUCAACCAUGAAGAAAGAAACUGCCUGACCUAAGUCAGCCAUCAGCAGAAUUCCCUCCACCCCAGCAGAUCAACAAUUGUUCUGUGUAACUAACGGUCUUCAGAUCCAAAGCACGAAAGGGUUAAGUGGCUUGCCCAGAACCACACAUCAAGGACGCCUGAACCAGGUUUUCCUGACCCCAGCGCCAGUUCUCUACCCACCAUACCACAGUGUUAUCUAACGUGUAACAACCAUUUUAAAACUAGUCAUGCCGAAGCAUAGCGUUCAGAUUCAUUUAACAAGUAUUUGAGCACCUGCUGAGAGGUAUUUGAAGAAGCUUCUGAAGUCCAGAUGACUUACUUGGAGAAGCCUUCAGUUUACUUAUUUCAGGAAGUUACAAAGGCUGACCCAUGGGUAAGAACUAAGAGAGAGACGAACUUCUUCCUGUUCUUCGGGGCUCAGAACUAGAGCUAUAAAUGACAGAAGUCUCAUUAUUUAGCAAAUGUAUUGUUCCUUUACAUGGCUCUUUUGGCGACUGGUCAGAAAACAACUGAAUUUCACAUAGGAAGAUCUUUCUGAGUAAGAGAAAAAAGAUCCUUCACAAGACAGCCCAAGAUGGAUAAUGCCACUUCGACAACCUACUAUGAUGUUUUAAUAGAAGAUGACUUCAGUGCUGAUGUGAUAGACCAGUGCCAGAAACAUGAUGACAAAGUCUUCGCAGCACAAUUUCUGCCCCCGAUUUAUUCCUUGGUAUUUAUAUUUGGCCUGGUAGGCAAUGCCCUCCUUGUGCUAGUCCUGGUCAAAUAUAAAGGACUCAAAGAGGUGGUGGACCUCUUUUUCCUAAACACAGUCAUUUCUAAUUUCCUUUUCUUGGUCACCUUCCCUUUCUGGAUUCAUGCUGCAAUACACAGCCGGAACCUCGGAGAUACAAUGUGUAAAAUGAUUUCUGGGUUCUACUCAGUCGGCUACUAUGGAUACACAUGUUUCCUGGUACUGUUGAUAAUACAUAGGUACCUGGCAAUUGUCCAUGUGGGAAGAUUUCACUUGGCUGCUAAGAAGACCACCUAUAGCAUCAUUACAAGCAUGUGGGGACUAGCCAUUCUAGCCUCUUUACCAGAAUUGGUGCUUUCCCAAGUUCAAACGGAAGGCAGAGAUGACAUCUGCCACUUUGUUCAACCUCAUUAUCCUCUAGGGGAUGAGAAGUUCUGGAAGCAUUUUCUGACUUUAAAGAUGAACAUUUUGGGACUUCUCAUCCCACUGUUUGUUGCUAUCUUUUGCUAUGGGAGAAUUAAAAAAACAUCAAGAUAUAAGGAGAAAAAGUAUGGACUUUUUAGACUUAUUUUUGUCAUGACCCUUGUUUUUAUGGGGUUGUGGACACCUUACAACCUAGUUCUUUUCCUUAUGACUUUUCAAGAGCACUUGAACCUAAGCGAUUGUGAGAGCAGCUAUCACCUGGACACAGCUGUCCAGGUAACCAGAAUUAUUGGCAAUACUCACUGCUGCAUUAAUCCUGUGGUCUAUGGGCUUCUGGAUGAGACAGUUCGCAGACGCCUCUAUUGCCUUUUCCAUCUCCAAAAUAACACUGAAGGUCAUUUGAGGGAGGGCCCAGAACAGCAAUCACCAACAACAAAAGGACCAUUGUACCAUUCCACUAAAUUUUAAAUAUAUUCAGUGUAGGCUAAAUAAAUACAAUUCCCUUGA